ACCCCCCUGAUGUUCACGGAGCAGAUGCAGCAGGAUGUCAUCAUGGUGUUGAAGUUCCCUAGCAACUCUCCCGUGGCCCACGUGGCCGCCAACACCCAGCCGGGCCUCGCUGCGCCUGCCAUCAUCACCGUCACCGCCAACCGCCUCUUCGCCGUCAACAAGUGGCACGGCCUCGCCGGUAAGAGGGGGAUUGUAGGAAAUGGAGUCUAAAGUAGGAUUAUCUUGUAGUGGUCAGCAGGCCUGAAAUGUAAAUUUAACCAAUUCAUUGAAAUUCAACUAAUAUGUAGGAUAUGAGAUAUCAAGGAUAUACUAUUUUUGAUCAUAAGUCUGAUUUCAUGUAGCACAUCAAGGAAUGGUACACAAAACAGAUAAUUUUGGUGCACACAGUUGAGGACUAAAUGUUUGUCCACACACAGUGUCAUAUCUAAAGGCCUUUAGUCAGUAUUUAUCUUUGUGUAUCUCAACGAGAGCAGCCGAAAGGCUUGUCUCUUUCAUCUUCCCAGGACAGGACGUUGAUUUCUGAGACAGUUGAGCGGUCCUCCUAAAAGGCAGGAUCAAAUGUGACACGUGCACUCUGCAAGCGUUAGGUUUCACUUCCACUUUGAUACAUCAAGACCUCACUCUUCAUGGUUUAUUUACUAAACAUCAAUCCUGCUGUGGAAUAACAGGGAAGGUGAUAUGGGAUGAAGUCGGAAGUUAUGAAACUCAAAGACGAUGAAGAUUUGUAGAUCUCAUUGAAUUUGGAGUAUUUUGUUGUGAUGAAUUGAUUUCAUGUGAUAUUGUUUGUAGUUAGAUCUUGAAUUAUGAUAUUUGCAUUAUUUUAACUUGUUUAUGGUAUAAAUCUGUAUUAAUAAAGGAUGUCCAGAGGAGUCACAGAAAGAGUUAAAAUGUAAGGAUUCACGAUAUUAUCUUAUUAACUUGUUUAUGUAUUACUAUGUAUUAUCAGAGUCAAUUUGGAGUCACAGAAAACAGUUUUACAGCUAAAUGUAUCGCUUUGGUAGAGCACUCUGGGGGACAAUAGUCUUUGAGUGUGGCAAAUUAUGUUUUAGCAUUGCCCAUAUUGAACACAAGCCCAAGUACUCCACAGGGCCAAAUGACUAUGAUAUUAAACCCAUCCUUCUUUCUGCAUCCCUCUCUCAUUCCUUCCUCCCCCACCUCUCUCUUUUCGUCUCACUCCAUCUCUCUCUCUCUCUUUUUUUUUCUCUCUCUCUCUCUCUCUCUCUCUCUCUCUCGCUCUCUCGCUCUCUCGUUCUCUCUUUUUCUCUCUCUUUUCUCUCUCUCUCUCUCUCUCUCUCAGGUCAUCAAGGCUCUUCGGUGCAGGACCAGCAGUACCAACUGCCGGUGGAAAUCGACCCUCUGAUAGGUCUGUCACUUGUGUGUGGUGUCUGUGCGCACUUGCGGGUGUCACUGCGUGUGUGUGUAUAUGCAUUAAAGUGAGUAAGUGUAUGUGUGUAUGUAUCUCUGGGUGUCUCUGGGAUUCAUUGUGAUGACCAAUGGCAGUGGCCCUGGCCAGCAGAUUGCUGUUGUUUUUCAGCCUCUGCCCAACAACAGCCCGCCACCCCACCACCACCCCCCUGUCCUCUCAUCUCCUGAAAUAAAUCCUCCACUCUGCUCUCUCCUCUGCUAAACCAUUUGCAUGCAAAUUGGAAUGCAAUGAGCUGUGGCCCGGACUGGUAUUUCAUCAUCAACCUCUCUACCUCUCCUCUAUCCCUCUCUCUCUCUCGCUCUCCCUCUCUCUCUCUCUCUCUCUCUCUCUCUCUCUCUCUCUCUCUCCCCCUCUCUCUCUGGUUUAAUUUGAGCCGGGGAAAGGAUGUGUGUCAGUAUAAAUGAAUAUGAAUGGAGUAAUAAUGUGUGAUUGAGAAUGCGCGGCGGGUGGAUGUCAGGACAAUAUGGGUGCCUCUCAUCACUCACGAGUUGAUGAGGAGCGGAGUGCUAGUAAUGUAUAGGAUGCAUCAUCUGGGAGAGAGAGGUCAGAGGCAGAGCUCUAGUGAUGUAUAGGAUGCACUGUCUGGGAGAGAGUGGUCAGAGGCAGAGCUCUAGUGAUGUAUAGGAUGCAUCGUCUAGGAGAGUGGUCAGACGCAGAGCUCUAGUGAUGUAUAGGAUGCAUCGUCUGGGAGAGAGAGGUCAGAGGCAGAGCUCUAGUGAUGUAUAGGAUGCACUGUCUGGGAGAGAGUGGUCAGAGGCAGAGCUCUAGUGAUGUAUAGGAUGCAUCGUCUAGGAGAGUGGUCAGACGCAGAGCUCUAGUGAUGUAUAGGAUGCAUCGUCUGGGAGAGAGUGGUCAGAGGCAGAGUUCUAGUGAUGUAUAGGAUGCAUGGUCUGGGAGAGAGUGGUCAGAGGCAGAGCUCUAGUGAUGUCUAGGAUGCAUCGUCUGGGAGAGAGUGGUCAGAGGCAGAGCUCUAGUGAUGUCUAGGAUGCAUGGUCUGGGAGAGAGUGGUCAGAGGCAGAGCUCUAGUGAUGUCUAGGAUGCAUCGUCUGGGAGAGAGUGGUCAGAGGCAGAGCUCUAGUGAUGUAUAGGAUGCACUGUCUGGGAGAGAGUGGUCAGAGGCAGAGCUCUAGUGAUGUAUAGGAUGCACUGUCUGGGAGAGAGUGGUCAGAGGCAGAGCUCUAGUGAUGUAUAGGAUGCAUGGUCUGGGAGAGAGUGGUCAGAGGCAGAGCUCUAGUGAUGCAUCGUCUGGGAGAGAGUGGUCAGAGGCAGAGCUCUAGUGAUGUAUAGGAUGCAUCGUCUGGGAGAGAGUGGUCAGAGGCAGAGCUCUAGUGAUGUAUAGGAUGCACUGUCUGGGAGAGAGUGGUCAGAGGCAGAGCUCUAGUGAUGUAUAGGAUGCACUGUCUGGGAGAGAGUGGUCAGAGGCAGAGCUCACUCUCGUUUAUUGUACUCUCUCUCCUCUCUUGUUUUCUCUCAUUCUUCCUCUCUCUGUUGCUCUCUGGUUGCUCUCUAGCCCUCGCAAAUGUUCACUCCUUUUCUUUUCUCUCUCACCCCCUCUUUCAUUUUCUCCUUGUCUUCGCUCUCUCCCUCUCUAGCUCUCUUUCUCUCUCGUUCUCGCUCUCGUCCAUACACACACAUUUUUCCUCUAACGGUUGACUAGUUAAAAUGCCAUUCCCACCCGCUCAUCUUCAUCCAGAUCCAUUUCUCCCCUUUUAUGGCCCUCCUUUUCAUAUACAGUGUGUGUGUGUGUGUGUGUGUGUGUGUGUGUGUGUGUGUGUGUCGUAUCAAAUCAAAUUGUAUUCGUCACAUGCUGUGUAAACAACAGGUGUAGACUAACAGUGAAAUGCUUACUUAUGGGCCCUUCCCAUCAACACAGAGAGAGAAAAUAGAAAUGAUAGAAAGAUAAUAACAGGAGGAAUUAAUAAACAAUGAGUAACGAUAACUUGGCUAUAAACACGGGGUACCAGUACCGAGUCCAUGUGCAGAGGUACGAGGUAAUAAUUUGGCUAUAAACACGGGGUACCAGUACCGAGUCCAUGUGCAGAGGUACGAGGUAAUAACUUGGCUAUAAACACGGGGUACCAGUACCGAGUCCAUGUGCAGAGGUACGAGGUAAUAACUUGGCUAUAAACACGGGGUACCAGUACCGAGUCCAUGUGUAGAGGUACGAGGUAAUAACUUGGCUAUAAACACGGGGUACCAGUACCGAGUCCAUGUGCAGGGGUACGAGGUAAUUCAGGUAGAUAUGUACAUAUAACUAGGAAUAAAGUGACAGAUAAUAAACAGUAGCAGCAGCAUAUGUGAUGAGUCAAAGGAGUUAGUGCAAAAAGGUUAAAAUCUUACGGCUUGGGGAUAGAAGCUGUUCAGGGUUCUGUUGGUUCCAGACUUGGUGCAUCAGAGCAUUUUGAGGAUCUGAGGGCCCAUACCCAAUCUUUUCAGCCUCCUGAGGGGGAAGAGGCGUUGUCGUGCCCUCUUCGGUCCUCCGUUUCCUGUAACCCACGAUCAGCUCCUUGGUCUUACUGACGUUGAGGGAGAGGUUGUUAUUCUGGCACCACACUGCCAGGUCUCUGACCUCCUCCCUAUAGGCUGUCUGAUCGUAGUCUGUGAUCAGGGCUACCAACGUUGUGUCGUCGGCAAACUCACCAACUGGGGACGGCCCGUCAGGAAGUCCAGGAUCCAGUUGCAUUUAGACAGGUUACCAUGGCGUUCUUAGGCACAGGGACUAUGGUGGUCUGCUUCAAACAUGUAGGUAUUAAAGUGAAGACACUUGCCAGCUGGUCAGCACAUGCUCUGAGUACACGUCCUGGUAAUCCGUCUGGCCCUGCAGCCUUGUGAGUGUUAACCUGUUUUAAGAUCUUACUCACAUCGGCAACGGCGAACGUGAUCAAACAGUCGUCCGGAACAGCUGGUGCUCUCAUGCAUGGUUCAGUGUUGCUUGCCUCUUUGCACUUAUUAGUGAAGCCAGUGACUGAUGUGGUAAACUCCUACUGGAAAAUAUUCCAGUCUACGUUAGCGAAACAGUCCUGUAGCUUAGAAUCCGCUUCAUCGGAUCACUUCCCCAUUGAGUGCGUCACUGGUACAUCCUGUUUGAGAUUUUGCUUGUAAGCAAGAAUCAGGAGGAUAGAGUUAUGGUCAGAUUUGCCAAAUGGAGGGUGAGGGAAAGCUUUGUAUGUGUUUCUGUGUGUGGAGUAAAGGUGAUCUAGGGUUUUUUCGCCUCUAGUUGCACACGUGACAUGGGCACUUGCAUAGAUGUGCAUGCAUAUUUCUGAGUCCAUUCAAUCUUUUAAUAAUAACAAAAAGCCCCUCUACUUUUUUACAUUUUUUUCUUCACACUCGGAAUGGACGACUGAUUCUAUCUCUGCAACUCACUCACAGCUCUAUUUUGUCAUUUUUCAGCACCAGCCCACGCUCCACAUCACAUGUAUAAUGCGUGUGGUGGGGUGAUAUUUUCUGAACGUGUCAUUUAUGUAUUUAUACUUCUCACAUUCCACAAGGAGCUUCAGUUUAAACACAGUAAAUUGUAUGUGACUGGCGGGGCGGCCGUGGCGGGGGGAAAUGUUGAUAAUUGGUUGAAAUAUUCGUCAGACAUGGCGUGCUGGUCUCUGUCAGGGAUGCCUGGGCCGGACCCACACCUGUUCAUCUUGAGUUAGAGCAGAAGAGAGAGAGGAGAGAAGGGGAGGAUAAAGUUACAGAAGUCUAGAACCUAAUGUGCCUGUUUGUUCCCUGGAAACAGAUUAAGUCUAGUCCCGGACUAAAAAUGAUUUUUAAUGGAGAUUCUAAUAAUGAUUUAGGAUUAGACUUAAUGUUUGUCCGGGAAACUGGCGCAGCGUAUCUUAAUAUCUUACCCACUACAAAGCACAUGAUGAUAGAUGGCUACAUCUGCAAGGCCAAGGAAGUGCAUCAGUCCAAAACAGACAUGGCUCUGCCUUUGUUUUAGUCUGUUAUCUCUUAGUCUUUUAUCUCUCUCUCUCUCUCUUUCUCUCUGUCUCUGUCUCUUUCUCUCUCUCUCUCCAACGAACCUCCAACUCAGUGAUAAGGGGCCAAAGUGGAUUUAAUUUAUGUUGUCCUGACGAUGCGAGGAAGUCUCUUCUCCUUCUGGGGAGAGAGAGAAUAUGCACGCUCAUCGUUACUCAAACUCUUAGGCCCAGUGGAAAAUGUGAAACCCUUGUAAACGCCACGUCCUAGAUGUUUUAUGUAUUCCCUCACAAAUCAAAAUGGUGCUGCUGCCGUGGCGACGACCGUAAGUAAACGCCAUGCGUGACAAAUGUCAUAGUUGGUAGCUCCAGUAAUGGUCUAAUGUCCUUGUGAAAGCGAUUUAAAGCGGUGAUAUCUUAAAAGAAAACUAACAGAUUUUAUACAAUAUGUUUUUCCUCAGACUUACCUGCUUUACUUAAUGAAUUACUGUACAACAUCUCAGUCUGUAUAUUUCUCUCCCUCACCUCCCCCUCUCCCCUUCCCUCUCCCCUCUCUCCCCCCUCUCUCCUCCCUCCAGCGCCUCCUUCUCCCCCUCAUCCCCUCCCCCUCCUCUCCUCCCUCUCCCCCUCCCACGUCUCCCCCCACCCUUACCUCCCCCAGAACCCCUCCCCCCAAUCCCUCCGAGCCCCCCCCCCUCCACAGCCCUCUCUCCUCCCUCCCCAUCCCUCCAUCCGCUCAACCCCAAAAUCUAGCCACCGCAUCUCCCACUAGCCCCACCCCUCCCCCCCACACCCCAUGGCACACCCUCCCCCACUACCUCCCCUCAAAAACCCAGACCGCCCCCCCUCCAUCCCGCCCACCACCUCUCCUCUACCCCCUCCAGCUGACCUCUAACCACCAUCCCCAAUCCACCAUCACCCACUCAAUCCACCCCCCCUACACCAGUCUACCAACUUCCCCCUCUACCCCCCCCUCCUCUCUCUCCCCUCCCUCCACUCACCCCCCCUCCCCCCUCCCCUCCUCCUCCCCCCUCUCCAGCCAGUAACGUGGGGACCCACCGUCGUCAGAUCACAGACCUGUUGGACCAGAGCAUUCACAUCCACUCGCAGUGCUUCAUCAUCACCGCAGACAACCGCUUCAUCCUGCUCUGUGGUUUCUGGGACAAGAGCUUCCGCGUCUAUUCCACUGACUCAGGUACAUCCUUUUAGAAAUCUGCUCUACCACAGUCACAUCAGAGUUCUAUGUAGUCAACCCACCCAGAUACAGCCCUUAUGUAUCUGUUCAUUAAGACUUUGAUAUAGUAAUCUGACCCAGGUACAGUCUUUAUACUAUUGCCUCUACAGAUUCUUAUUCUCUUCUCUAACUCAGGUACAGCCCUUACAACAUAGCUCCAUAUGAGCACUGUGUAUAUCACUGCCUCAGAAUCAGUCCUUAUUCUAGACUCUACUAGAAUCUAGAAUUCUAGAAUCUAGAGCGUCUUCAGUGUCCAAUUAACUUCACCAAUCACUUCACAGCCCCUAAUCAUCGGCCCUUCCACAAGACACCUAAUCCAUCAGGUACAGCCUUUUAUAGUAGGUAUAGCCCCAUUAGAGCCCUGUUUACUGUACUGACCCAGGUACAGCCUUUAUAGUAGCUAUAGGUAUAGCCCUAUUAGAGCCCUGUUUACUGUACUGACCCAGGUACAGCCUUUAUAGUAGCUAUAGGUAUAGCCCUAUUAGAGCCCUGUUUACUGUACUGACCCAGGUACAGCCUUUAUAGUAGGUACAGGUAUAGCCCCAUUAGAGCCCUGUGUACUGUACUGAUCCAGGUACUGCCAUUAUAGACUCUAUAUUUCCAUUUAGAGCCCUAUGUAUUCCCACUACCUCUCUAUUUCCCACUACCUCUCUAUCCCCCAGCUACAUCUCUAUCCCCCAGCUACAUCUCUAUCCUCCAGCUACAUCUCUAUCCCCCAGCUACAUCUCUAUCCUCCAGCUACAUCUCUAUCUCCCAGCUACAUCUCUAUCCCCCAGCUACAUCUCUAUCCCCAGCUACAUCUCUAUCCCCCAGCUACAUCUCUAUCUCCCAGCUACAUCUCUAUCUCCCAGCUACAUCUCUAUCUCCCAGCUACAUCUCUAUCCGACAGCUACCCCAUCUCCAACCCCAUUCAGACCCACUCUGGAGAUCUACAUAAGGCCUGUGAUUCAAUUUCGAAAGGGCCAUGCUCUCUAUCUCUCCAUCUCCUAUAAAGGGGAAGAGAGGGAGGGAAAGAGGGGCGGGGAGGUGAAGAGAGAGACCAUUGUGUGUCUGUCUCAGGGGUGUGAGACCGGAACACAAACACGGUUUUAAUCAUACACGCGUUCAACAGCUGCUGUCCCGCUCCCCAUAGCCCCCCAGGUUAAAGAAUAGGACUGAUUUGAUCAAUUACGACACUUGAUUUGGAAACAGCGACACACUCCUCCCUCUCCACCUUGCUCAUAGUGCCCUGUUGAUUGAAUUGAAUCUGAAAUUGAAGUGGGUGUGGGUGUAUUUAAAGGCAUAAUUCACCCAAAUUACAAAAUUACAUAUUGGUUUCCUUACCCUGUAAGCGGUCUAUGGACAAGGUAUAACAGCAAUCCAUGCUAAUGUUUUAGCAUUUCUGGCACAAAUACCAUUCAAGCCAUGGGACUGAUAUUAGCAUUUUCCUCGCCUCAUGUUCAAAUCAUCUACAAGUGACUUUGUUGAGCUUUGCAAUCAAUUUUAAAUACUUUUUUUAGAUACUUAAAACCUGUAAUACCUACGUGUUAGAAGAAGUCUUAGAUUUGGCAUAGUUACUGCGCUGUGCAGAAAUGAAUCUAUAAUUAUGAAUCCAUAAUUAUUUUCCAGUGUAUAGAUGAACUGUCAGACAUUUUUAAUAUUACACAGCUAUGAUGUCUUGGUUAACUGUGUCUGAGCCAGACCGUGCACACGGACAUACACACACACACACACACACACACACACACACACACACACACACACACACUACAAAUAUCCCUCUCUUAACAGACAGUGAAGCUGACACCCAGACAGAAAUACACCCUGUGUUACAGAACAGUGAAGGGUGUCUGCAGUACUAAAUAAAUAUACACUGACUGACUGUAGAGGCCACAGUAUGAUGACGAUAAUGCCUGUUAGACAGCCAUGCUGCUGUUACUAUGGGCCUGCAAUCUGACAGCAAUUACACACAGACACACACACACACACGUGUGAAUACACAUGUGCACAUGUAUUCAUGCAUGCACGCACGUGCACAUACAAACACCAAGAGCAAAUAUUUACACUCCUGAGAACAUCAGUUUGAGGCUGUGAGCUCAUCUGGAACGUGUAGAAUAUAUAUUUUAAUAUUUUUUUGUGGGUAGAUCAGCUUUAAUAUUGCAGAUAGAUUGUAACGCCAAGGUAGUGGGUUCGAUCCCCGGGACCACCCAUACACAAAAAAAUGUAUGCACGCAUGACUGUAAGUCGCUUUGGAUAAAAGCGUCUGCUAAAUGGCAUAUUAUUAUUAUUAUAUUAUAGUAACCAAAAAAAGUGUUAAACAAAUAUUUCAUAUUUGAGAUUCUUCAAAUAGCCACCCUUUGCCUUAAUGACAGUUUUGCACACUCUUGGCAUUCUCUCAACCAGCAUCACCUGGAAUGCUUUUCUUGUUGGCUGCUUUUCCUUCACUCUGCCGUCCGACUCAUCCCAAACCAUCUCAAUUGGGUUCAGAUCAGGGGAUUGUGGAGGCCAGGUCAUCUGAUGCAGCACUCCACCACUCUCCUUCUUGGUAAAAUAGCUCUUACACAGCCUGGAGGUGUGUUGAGUCAAUGUCCUGUUGAAAAAAAAAUUAUAGUCCCACUAAAACCAAACCAGAUGGAAUGGCGUAUCGCUGCAGAAUGAUGUGGUAGCCAUGCUGGUUAAGUGUGCCUUGAAUUCUAAAUACAUCACUGACAGUAUCACCAGCAAAGCACCCCCACACCAUAACACCUCCUCCUCCAUGCUUCACGGUGGGAACUACACAUGCGGAGAUCAGCCGUUCACCCAUACCGCGUCUCACAAAGACACGGCGGUUGGAACCAAAAAUCUCCCAUUUGGAUUCCAGACCAAAGGAAACAUUUCCACCGGUCUAAUGUACAUUGCUCGUGUUUCUUGGCCCAAGCAGGUCUCUUCUUCUUAUUGGUGUCCUUUAGUAGUGGUUUCAUUGCAGCAAUUCGACCAUGAAGACCUGAUUCACACAGUCCCCUCUGAACAGUUGAUGUUGAGAUGUGGCUGUAACUUGAACUCUGUGAAGCAUUUAUUUGGGAUGUAAUUUCUGAGGCUGGUAACUCUAAUGAACUUAUCCUCUGCAGCAGAGGGAACUUUGGGCCUUCAAUUCCUUUGGCGGUCCUCAUGAGAGCCAGUUUCAUCAUAGAGCUUGAUGGUUUUUGCGACUGCACUUGAAAAAACUUUCAAAGUUCUUGAAAUGUUCCUUAUUGACUGACCUUCAUGUCUUGAAGUAAUGAUGGACUGUUGUUUCUCUUUGCUUAUUUGAGCUGUUCUUGCCAUAAUAUGGACUUUGUCUUUUACUAAAUAGGGCUAUCUUCUGUAUACCCCCCCUACCUUGUCACAACACAACUAAUUGGCUCAAACGCAUUAAGAAAUUCCACAAAUUAACUUUUAAGAUGGCACACCUGUUAAUUGAAAUGCAUUCCAGGUGACUACAUCAUGAAGCUGGUUGAGAGAAUGCCAAGAGUGUGCUGUCAUCAAGGCAAAGGGUGGCUAUUUGAAGAAUCUCAAAUAUAAAAUAUAUUUUGAUUUGUUUAACACUUUUUUGGUUACUACAUGAUUCCAUAUGUCUUAUUUCAUAGUUUUGAUGUCUUCACUAUUAUUCUACAAUGUAAAAAUAAAAAACCCUUGAAUGAGUAGGUGUGUCCAAACUUUUGACUGGUUGUGUGUGUGUGUGUGUGUGUGUGUAUAUAUAUAUAUAUAUAUAUAUAUAUAUAUAUAUAUAUAUAUAUAUAUAUAUAUAUAUAUAUACACAGUGGGGAGAACAAGUAUUUGAUACACUGCCGAUUUUGCAGGUUUUCCUACUUACAAAGCAUGUAGAGGUCUGUAAUUUUUAUCAUAGGUACACUUCAACUGUGAGAGACGGAAUCAAAAAUCCAGAAAAUCACAUUGUAUGAUUUUUAAGUAAUUAAUUUGCAUUUUAUUGCAUGACAUAAGUAUUUGAUACAUCAGAAAAGCAGAACUUAAUAUUUGGUACAGAAACCUUUGUUUGCAAUUACAAAGAUCAUACGUUUCCUGUAGGUCUUGACCAGGUUUGCACACACUGCAGCAGGGAUUUUGGCCCACUCCUCCAUACAGACCUUCUCCAGAUCCUUCAGGUUUCGGGGCUGUCGCUGGGCAAUACGGACUUUCAGCUCCCUCCAAAGAUUUUUAUUGGGUUCAGGUCUGGAGACUGGCUAGGCCACUCCAGGACCUUGAGAUGCUUCUUACGGAGCCACUCUUAGUUGCCCUGGCUGUGUGUUUCCGGUCGUUGUCAUACUGGAAGACCCAGCCACGACCCAUCUUCAAUGCUCUUACUGAGGGAAGGAGGUUGUUGGCCAAGAUCUCGCGAAACAUGGCCCCAUCCAUCCUCCCCUCAAUACAUUUACAUGACAUUUACGUCAUUUAGCAGACGCUCUUAUAGCCAGUGGGAUAACCACUUUACAAUAUGUUUUUUUUUUUCCUUCCUUGGGGUGGGGUAAGGGGGGUAGAAGGAUUACUUUAUCCUAUCCCAGGUAUUCCUUAAAGAGGUGGGGUUUCAAGUGUCUCCGGAAGGUGGUGAGUGACUCCGCUGUCCUGGCGUCGUGAGGGAGCUUGUUCCACCAUUGGGGUGCCAGAGCAGCGAACAGUUUUGACUGGGCUGAGCGGGAACUGUGCUUCCGCAGAGGUAGGGGGGCCAGCAGGCCAGAGGUGGAUGAACGCAAUGCCCUUGUUUGGGUGUAGGGACUGAUCAGAGCCUGAAGGUACGGAGGUGCCGUUCCCCUCACAGCUCCGUAGGCAAGCACCAUGGUCUUGUAGCAGAUGCGAGCUUCAACUGGAAGCCAGUGGAGUGUGCGGAGGAGCGGGGUGACGUGAGAGAACUUGGGAAGGUUGAACACCAGAUGGGCUGCGGCAUUCUGGAUGAGUUGUAGGGAUUUAAUGGCACAGGCAGGGAGCCCAGCCAACAGCGAGUUGCAGUAAUCCAGACGGGAGAUGACAAGUGCUUGGAUUAGGACCUGUGCCGCUUCCUGUGUAAGGCAGGGUCGUACUCUCCGAAUGUUGUAGAGCAUGAACCUGCAGGAUCGGGUCACCGCCUUGAUGUUAGCGGAGAACGACAGGGUGUUGUCCAGGGUCACGCCAAGGCUCUUCGCACUCUGGGAGGAGGACACAACGGAGUUGUCAACCGUGAUGGCGAGAUCAUGGAACGGGCAGUCCUUCCCCGGGAGGAAGAGCAGCUCCAUCUUGCCGAGGUUCAGCUUGAGGUGGUGAUCCGUCAUCCACACUGAUAUGUCUGCCAGACAUGCAGAGAUGUGAUUCGCCACCUGGUUAUCAGAAGGGGGAAAGGAGAAGAUUAGUUGUGUGUCAUCUGCGUAGCAAGGAUAGGAGAGGCCAUGUGAGGAUAUGACAGAGCCAAGUGACUUGGUGUAUAGCGAGAAUAGGAGAGGGCCUAGAACUGACCCCUGGGGGACACCAGUGGUGAGAGCACGUGGUGCGGAGACAGAUUCUCUCCACGCCACUUGGUAGGAGCGACCGGUCAGGUAGGACGCAAUCCAAGAGUGAGCCGCGCCGGAGAUGCCCAACUCGGAGAGGGUGGAGAGGAGGAUCUGAAUGUUCACAGUAUCAAAGGGAGCAGACAGGUCUAGAAGGACAAGAGCAGAGGAGAGUUAGCUUUAGCAGUGCGGAGAGCCUCCGUGACACAGAGAAGAGCAGUCUCAGUUGAAUGACCAGUCUUGAAACCUGACUGGUUUGGAUCAAGAAGGUCAUUUUGAGAGAGAUAGCAAGAGAGUUGGCUAAAGACGGCAUGCUCAAGAGUUUUGGAGAGAAAAGAAAGAAGGGAUACUGGUCUGUAGUUGUUGACAUCGGAGGGAUCGAGUGUUGGUUUUUUGAGAAGGGGUGCAACUCUCGCUCUCUUGAAGACGGAAGGGACAUAGUCAGCGGUCAAGGAUGAGUUGAUGGGUGAGGUAAGGGAGAAGGUCACCGGAGAUGGUCUGGAGAAGAUAGGAGGGGAUAGGGUCAAGCGGGCAGGUUGUUGGGCGGCCGGCCGUCACAAGUCGCAAGAUUUCAUCUGGAGAGAGAGCGGAGAAAGAAGUCAAAGCAUAGGGUAGGGCAGUGUGAGCAGGACCAGCAGUGUCAUUUGACUUAACAAACGAGGAUCGGAUGUCGUCAACCUUCUUUUCAAAAUGGUUGACGAAGUCAUCCACAGAGAAGAAGGAGAGGGAGGAGGGGGAGGAGGAUUCAGCAGGGAGGAGAAGGUGGCAAAGAGCUUCCUAGGGUUAGAGGCAGAUGCUUGGAAUUUAGAGUGGUAGAAAGUGGCUUUAGCAGCAGAAACAGAUGAAGAAAAUGUAGAGAGGAGAGAGUGAAAAGAUGCCAGGUCCACAGGGAGUCGAGUUUUCCUCCAUUUCCGCUCGGCUGCCCGGAGCCCUGUUCUGUGAGCUCGCAAUGAGUCGUCAAGCCACGGAGCAGGAGGGGAGGACAGAGCCGGCCGGGAGGAUAGGGGACAUAGAGAGUCAAAGGAUGCAGAAAGGGAGGAGAGGAGGGUUGAAGAGGCAGAAUCAGGAGAUUGGAGGGAGAAGGAUUGAGCUGAGGGAAGAGAUGAUAGGAUGGAAGAGGAGAGAGUAGCGGGAGAGAGAGAGCGAAGGUUGCGACGGCGCAUUACCAUCUGAGUAGGGGCAGAGUGAGUAGUGUUGGAGGAGAGAGAGAGAGAAAAGGAUACAAAGUAGUGGUCGGAGACAUGGAGGGGAGUUGCAGUGAGAUUAGUAGAAGAACAGCAUCUAGUAAAGAUGAGGUCAAGCGUAUUGCCUGCCUUGUGAGUAGGGGGGGACGGUGAGAGGGUGAGGUCAAAAGAGGAGAGGAUUGGAAAGAAGGAGGCAGAGAGAAAUGAGUCAAAGGUAGACGUAGGGAGGUUGAAGUCACCCAGAACUGUGAGGGGUGAGCCAUCCUCAGGAAAGGAACUUAUCAAGGCGUCAAGCUCAUUGAUGAACUCUCCAAGGGAACCUGGAGGGCGAUAAAUGACAAGGAUGUUAAGCUUGAAUGGGCUAGUGACUGUGACAGCAUGGAAUUCAAAUGAGGAGAUAGACAGAUGGGUCAGGGGAAAAAGAGAGAAUGUCCACUUGGGAGAGAUGAGGAUUCCUGUGCCACCACCCCGCUGACCAGAUGCUCUCGGGGUAUGCGAGAACACAUGGUCAGACGAGGAGAGAGCAGUAGGAGUAGCAGUGUUUUCAGUGGUAAUCCAUGUUUCCGUCAGCGCCAAGAAGUCGAGGGACUGGAGGGUAGCAUAGGCUGAGAUGAACUCUGCCUUGUUGGCCGCAGAACGGCAGUUCCAGAGGCUGCCGGAGACCUGGAACUCCACGUGGGUCGUGCGUGCAGUGACCACCAGGUUAGAGAGGCAGCAGCCACGCGGUGUGAGGCGUUUGUAUAGCCUGUGCGGAGAGGAGAGAACAGGGAUAGACAGAGGCAUAGUUGACAGGCUACAGAAAAUGGCUACAAUAAUGCAAAAGAGAUCGGAAUGAAAUGAACUAAACAUCUGGGAAAGCGAGAGAGCGGGGCCUCCCUCACUUACGUUUCACUGAAACACCCAAAUAUAACUCUCCCAACUUCCACCUCAGAAACUAUAAUUGUUGUAAACUACAGCGGUUCAAUGUUUUCUAGGAAUAGACUAACUUCGUUUAUUCAGCUAGCUAACUUGGUAUAGUAUUCUUCCGUGAAAACCGUCCAGGGCACCUAGUCAUAUGACGCCACAACCAACUAGCAUGCCGGGCUCCAACAACACGGUUUAGCACCAAUACUCGGCCACAACAAACCACCAGUGUGUCAACACGCCAAGCAGAUCAUUCGUGUCCGUGUCUAACGUUGUGGGUUAGUCCCGACAGCUUGAGCGAGUCCGUCGUCAACUUAUUCAGCCAGUUAGUUAGCUAGAAUAGUUAGCAUACUAGCUAGCCAUUGCUUUCUGCCAACGAUGAAACCCGUCCUCCCACGGCACGAACACACAGAGAGAGCCAAGCUAACGUUAACUAGUCACCCAUGUCCUGAAUUCCCUUGAACGAUUCUGGCUACCAGUAUGUAAUACGGUGCAGUCGUCCUGUCCCCUUUGCAGAAAAGCAUCCCCAAAGAAUGAUUUUUUUCGCCUCCAUGCUUCACAGUUGGGAUGGUGUUCUUGGGGUUGUACUCAUCCUUCUUCUUCCUCCAAACACGGCAAGUGGAGUUUAGACCAAAAAGCUAUAUUUUUGUCUCAUCAGACCACAUGACCUUCUCCCAUUCCUCCUCUGGAUCAUCCAGAUGGUCAUUGGCAAACUUCAGACGGGCCUGGAUAUGCGCUGGCUUGAGCAGGGGGACCUUGCAUGCGCUGCAGGAUUUUAAUCCAUGACGGCGUAGUGUGUUACUAAUGGUUUUCUUUGAGACUGUGGUCCCAGCUCUCUUCAGGUCAUUGACCAGGUCCUGCCGUGUAGUUCUGGGCUGAUCCCUCACCUUCCUCAUGAUCAUUGAUGCCCCACGAGGUGAGAUCUUGCAUGGAGCCCCAGACCGAGGAUGAUUGACCGUCAUCUUGAACUUCUUCCAUUUUCUAAUAAUUGCGCCAACAGUUGUUGCCUUCUCACCAAGCUGCUUGCCUAUUGUCCUGUAGCCCAUCCCAGCCUUGUGCAGGUCUACAAUUUUAUCCCUGAUGUCCUUACACAGCUCUCUGGUCUUGGCCAUUGUGGAGAGGUUGGAGUCUGUUUGAUUGAGUGUGUGGACAGGUGUCUUUUAUACAGGUAACGAGUUCAAACAUGUGCAGUUAAUACAGGUAAUGAGUGGAGAACAGGAGGGCUUCUUAAAGAAAAACUAACAGGUCGGUGAGAGCCGGAAUUCUUACUGGUUGGUAGGUGAUCAAAUACUUAUGUCAUGCAAUAAAAUGCAAAUUAAUUACUUAAAAAUCAUACAAUGUGAUUUUCUGGAUUUUUCCGUCUCUCACAGUUGAAAUGUACCUAUGAUAAAAAUUACAGACCUCUACAUGCUUUGUAAGUAGGAAAACCUGCAAAAUCGGCAGUGUAUCAAAUACUUGUUCUCCCCACUGUAUAUAUACACAUCCUUUUUAAAAAUAUAUUUUCCUUUGUUACUUUCCAACCCUACCACCCCUCCCCUAAUUGGAGUAAACUAGUGAACAACAACCCUUAGGCCUUUACUUCCAGCUUAUACAUACUAUAUACAUUUUAUGGACACUGUCAAUUUUUACAAUAGUUAUAUUUUGUUUGUUUUUACUCCUGAACUUCCUCUACCCUCAACCUCUCCGAUAAUUUCAUGAUGUCCAUCCGGUUUGCUUCUAUAUGCCAUAUCUUUCAAACUGUGCUCUUUCACAAAGGUUCUCAACCUAUAACCUAUAUACUUAUUAUGGACACAGUAUGUUUUACGAGUAUGAGUUAUCUUGUUGUUACUAGUUGUUAUUAGUCCGUGUAGAAUAGUUAACAGACAGUAGACGCAUGCAACAACUAGGUAUAUUACUGGUUCAUAGAGUAUAUUUUUUGCCCAGCACAUUUGUUUGCAAGUAGAUAAUUUAUAUGAUGGAAUAUUAUAUUGAGACAUUUUAUGUUAAUGACAGAUGUUUUAUAAAUGUUAUUUUAGAACGUUUACCAUUAGUGUUGUUGAUAGCACUUAAUUUACAGUAGUAUUACAGCAUAUUGUGUUGCUUGUAUGUCAAGUGCCAAAUAGAGUAAAUGGAGUACUAUAAAAUAUAUUGCCACCAUAUUUUAAUAUUUCAUAACUAGAAUAAAAAUCAGAGGGCUGUGGUUUAUAUUGUGUGUGUGUGUGUUUCCAGGAAAGCUGACCCAGAUAGUGUUUGGUCACCGUGACGUGGUGACGUGUCUGGCCAGGUCUGAGUCGUACAUCGGAGGGGACUGCUACGUCCUGUCAGGCUCCAGAGACGCCACGCUGCUGCUCUGGUACUGGAACGGAAAACACAGCAGCAUCGGAGAGAACCCCGGAAGUAAGUACACUUCCUAUGCUAGGUGGAAAAUAUCCUACAGUAACACGGAGAGUAAGUCUGCGUUUACACAGGCAGCCCAAUUCUGAUUUUUUUUUCUUCACUAAUUGGUCUUUUGACCAAUCAGAUCAGCUCUUUUGCCAAUAAUUGGGCAAACAAUCAGAAUUGGGCUGCCUGUGUAAACGCAGCCUAGUAUACCCCAAUCAGAACCCUGCUAGUAAGUGCUGGGACAUUCUUCUAACUGGCUGCAGCAACCUUGGGCUCCCGAGUGGCGCAGCGGUCACUGCAUGUCAGUGCUAGAGGCGUCACUACAGACCCUGGUUCGAUUCCAGGCUGCAUCACAAUCCGGCCGUGAUCGGGAGUCCCAGAGGGCGGUGCACAAUUGGCCCAGCGUCGUCUGGUUUUGGCCAGGGUGUCAUUGUAAAUAAGAAUGUGUUCUUAACUGACUUGCCUAGUUAAAUAAAGGUUAAAUAAAAUAAAUAAAAACCUAGCCGUACCCUCCUCAAUCCUCAUAUUAGAUCACAAUCAAAUCAUUACAGGGGUUCCACAAGCAGCGGACACCAUUGAGGCAGGGUGGUGUGUGCGAGGUUUGUGAUUUUCAAGUGCUCCCCCCCACCACACCCCAUAUCUCACACACACACACACUGUUGCCCAGAACCCUCUCUCUCAGAGACAGGUCUGACUGUAUUUACGGCCCCAGUCUGUAAAGUAACAUCUCGUUUCAUCUGACCACUCUAGGUCUCGUUUCAUCUGACCACUCUAGGUCUCCUGCACACAGAUUGGAUUUCAGGGCACUGACUAUUGUCAAGAAAUGGGCUCUCGCUCUAAUGUGUGUGUGUGAGAAAAAGUUAGUGUGUGUGCGCGCGUGCACGAACACACAGAGAGAGCAUGUCGUCCCUCCAUGUGUGUGUGAGUGAAAGUGAGAGUACGAGGGCCACUUAAAGACGAUAAACGUGACGUGGGGGUCGCUGGUCACAUGAAAGCCCACCGCCAUCCAUCUGAUGUGGGGUUAGAAUAGUCAUGAAAAGUGAAAAACGUUGCCGUCGCGGGCCGCCCCUUCCAGCUCUUACUUUUACCAUAACAUAUGGCAUGGACCAUGAUGAUCAAAGGACUAAACACACCGCACAGAGCAGUGAGCGUCACUGCCUCCAUGGUGCUAAUUUGGCUAGCUUAGAGACCCUUACAUGCUGUUAAGUGCUCUGCUACAAAUGGACUGCAAUUUAUGACAAAUUGUGAUUUGGUUAAUAAGACACAUCGGUUGUUGAUCUGUUGAUUUGAAAGACGGAACGUUAGACGGUGGCGUGUCACUGACCUCAUCUGGUGUUUUGGAUGUGGAUGUCGUAGUCUUUCCCACCACAAGUGGAAUUUACCAAGAGGUGUUUCUAAAACUAAAAUAAAGUAAAAUAACAUUAUAGGCCUAUGGGAAGUGGGCAUGUUGCUGAAGUUACAAAAUACAGACUUGUGUUUUUUUGUUAUUUGGAUGAUAUUUUGUGAUUUAGCAGUCAAGAAGUAUUCCUUGUUUCUGAAGUGUAAAUUACCAUUGGCCCGCAUAUUCGGUUAAUUCUAAAUUAUAUCAAUCAUUUGAUUUAUAAUCAAUUACCAUAUGAGGUUAUUACGUCACACAUGGAUGAUUACAUCACUCUGAGUACAAUCAGUAUACAUUUACAUUUAAUUUAUAAAACAUGCAUACUGUGGGAUGUUAAUUUGUACCAAUAGAUCAAAGAAGAAAAUAUGAUUACAUUCCACACACAUUAAAUGAUGUGUGUGCCUUAUGAAUCCCCAAUUCCACAUUGGCUACUCAUGACUUUAAGGUUGGCAGGUUUGAUUGAAUGGGGCGGUUGUCUUAGGAGUAGGGUAUCUGUGUCGAUAUGUACAUUGUCAUUCUCCUGCCUCAGCCAGUGCCAGUUUGCAUGGUGUACAGUCUAGUAGUGAAUCUAGUGUGUGUGUGUGUGUGUUUGUAUAAAGUGUGUGUGUACUUCAGUGCCUUCAGAAAGUAUUCAUACCCCUUGACUUAUUCCACAUUUUGUUGUUACAGCCUGAAUACAAAAUGGAUUCAAAAAAAUGUUUCUCACCCAUCUACACGCAAUACCUCAUAAUGACAAAUUGAAAACAUGUUUUUAGAAAUUUUUGCAAAUGUAUUUAAAAUUAAUAUAUAAUAUCUAAUUUACAUAAGUAUUUACACCCCUAAGUCAAUACUUUGUAGAAGCACCUUUGGCUGUGAUUACAGCUGUGAGUCUUUCUGGGUAAGUCUCUAAGAGCUUUCCACACCUGGAUUGUGCAACAUUUUCCCAUUGUUCUUUUCAGAAUUCUUCAAGCUCUGUCAAAUUGGUUGUCGAUCAUUGCCAGACAACCAUUUUCCGGUCUUGCCAUAGAUUUUCAAGUAGAUUUAAGUCAAAACUGUAACUCAGCCACUCAAGAACAUUCAAUGUCUUGGUAAGCAACUCCAGUGUAUAUUUGGCCUUGUGUUUUAGGUUAUUGUCCUGCUGGAAGGUGAAUUUGUCUCCCAGUGUCUGGUGGAAAGCAGACUGAACCAUGUUUUCCUCUAGGAUUUUGCCUAUGCAUUCCAAUUAUUUUUAUCCUGAAAAACACCCCAGUCCUUAACAAUUACAAGCAUACCCAUAACAUGAUGCAGCAACCACUAUGCUUGAAAAUAUGGAGAGUGGUACUCAGUAAUGUGUUGUAUUAGUUUUGCCCCAAACAUAAUACUUUGUAUUCAGGACAACAAGUUAAUCGCUUUGCCAAUUUUUUUGCAGUAUUACUUUAGUGCCUUGUUGCAAACAGGAUGCAUGUUUUGGAAUAUUUGUAUUCUGUACAGGCGUCCUUAUUUUCCCUCUGUCAAUUAGGUUAGGAUUGUGGAGUAACUACAAUGUUGUUGAUCCAUCCUCAGUUUUCUCCCAUCACAGCCAUUAAACAUUUGUAACUGUUUUAAAGUCACCAUUGGCCUCAUGGUGAAAUCCCUGAGCGGUUUCCUUCCUCUCCGGCAACUGAGUUAGGAAGGACACCUGUAUCUUUUUAUUUUUAUUCACCAAUAGGUGCCCUUAUUUGCGAGGCAUUGGAAAACCUCCCUGGUCUUUGUGGUUGAAUCGGUGUUUGAAAUUCACUGCUCGACUGGGGGACCUUACAGAUAAUUGUAUGUGUGGGGUACAGAGAUCGGGUAGUCAUUUAAAAAUCAUGUUAAACACUAUUAUUGCACACAGAGUGAGCCCAUAAAACUUAUUGUGUGACUUGUUAAGCAUUUUUACUCCUGAACUUAUUUAGGCUUGCCAUAACAAAGGGCUACUUAUUGAAUCAAGACAUUUCAGCUUUUCAUUUGUAAAAAUGUUGAUAAACAUAAUUCCACACAUCUAAAUGUAAUCAAUUUUAAAUUCAGUCUGUAACACAACAAAAUGUAGAAAAAGUCAAGGGGUGUGAAUACUUUCUGAAGGCACUGUAUCUGUAUAUGUGAAUCUGUUAUUCUUUGGCCUCAGCCUGAGCCAGCCUGCAUGGUGUACAGAGUAGUUUGUGUGAAUCAAGUCUGUGUCUGUGUCUGUCUCUGUGUCUGUCUAUGUGUCUGUCUCUCUCUCUGUCUCUGUCCGUCUCUCUGUCCAUCUCUCUGUCUGUCUCUUUCUCUGUGUCAGAGUGUGUGUGUGUGUGUGUGUGUGUGUGUGUGUGUGUGUGUGUGUGUGUGUGCGCGCAUCUGUUAUUCUGCAGCCUGCCUCAGCCAGAGUCUGCAUGGUGCAGCAGUGAGUAUUAGCAGCAGGACUUUAAUCAGACCGGCCCACCACCACAAUAUGAUGCUCCAUUGCUCUAGACCGCAGCAGGGUCUGCUAACCACACACACACACACACACCAGAGAUUCCUUUAUUCUCCCGCCAAACACAGUGCUUUCAAGUUCAGCCCCCAUACAAACACACACACACACACACAAACACACACGCUAGUUCCUGUUUAGCUGCUGGCUGACACAGAUUAGCCUUCUCUGUGCCAAAUGUGUCUGCAGUAUCCAAAUCGUACAUUUGCACACACACAUGCUACACACACACAAACAUCUACACAAUCAGUGCCCACUCCGUACACUCUUCUCUGUGUGAGUGAAGAGCAGUAGAGAGCAUGCACAGUGGGAGGGGAUUCUGCAUACUAUACUGACCUCUGGUGGCUCAAUGGUAGAGCACACAGGCUUAUGGGUCUUCUCCCACCACAUUACUUUUUAAUAAAGAUACAUUGAGGAAGUAGCCUCUAGAUAAUAAUUCAGUGAACAACAGCUGAAAUUAUAUAUUUUUUCUCUCUCAGUAGCACACACACACACAUUUCUCUUUCCCCAGGUAAAUGAUACUCUUCUCAGUCUACACACACACACACACACACACGUUAGCAGCGUUGGUUAUAUGUAUUAGAUUGUAAUCAGAUGUCUCCCUAAUGCAAACCAAAUGGUGGCGAGCAGCUCAAAGGUUAAACGAUACACCAAUGUAUCAGUUUUAUUGAUCUUCCGCGGGCAAAAUCCGACAUCACGCUUUAAUCCUCGCCGUUGUAGGGCAUAAAUCAGCGUUUUUGACGUUUAGGAUGUUUGCCAGUUAACUUAAUGAAAUCUAUACAUGGAGAGGUCAUGACCUGUUGGCCUGUUGUGGCCACGGUAUCAGCCUGGUGGAACGAAGUUGGAAAGUCAUCAGGGAGGCUGGCAGACACACACACAGAGUCAUCAGGGUGCCUGCCUGGGCCUUUAAAAGCCGUUAAAAUAUUUCACUGAAAUGAACUUAAAGGGGUUGUCCAUCAUACCAGGAGCCUUUUUACUUUGCAAGGGAGGUCAGUGGAGGUAUGGAACUUCCGGAACUUUCUGCCUUUACUUUACUGUGUUUAGGGUUACUAACCACCAAGCUGAAGGCAGUUAGUGUAUCGGAGGAGUCUGCACUAAUGAAAGAUUUACACACGUUGUGUUUUUACUCCCGAAAGUUCAAGAGUCAAUAAUUUAUGUGUAUUGAGUUAAACUUUCCAAGUCUAAUUCAAUUAGGGAGUGAAGUUGUUAAAUGUGCAGUCAAAAUACUCAAAUGUAUACGAACGCUUGUUGGUUUGCACAAUAGCUACAUAGUGGGAAAAGGGGUAGUGAAAGAGGCACAUCAAUGGUUAACCUUGUCAGCUGUCUCCUAGGUAUGCUCUCUACAACAUAAUUCCUCAGAACGUGCUAUUCCAGUCCUCAGGGAUCAGCAAAGUUGGUGGCUCCCAUGUAAAACAAUUUGGUAUUUAACAACCAUGUCCAUUCUAGCUUUUCCAUUUCUAUGACUUCCUUCUUGAAGUGCUGUCUGUCUGUCUGUCUCCUGCUGUAGUUGAACUUGACCCUGUCCUCUCCUCUGUUUGAGAAGACCCAGGGCACCGUGUGAGACGUGGCAUUAGGACGCCCUCUGUCUGAUAGUGAACUCCUAAUGAACUGCAGUGUGGGACUGACUGUGGGACAGUGCUUUAGCAGCUUUACUAUGACCUCUGACCUCUCACCCCACAUCAAAGGGAGCAGGGGUCAGCUGGGACCCCCUGUUAAACACCAAUAUUAUCAGUGCAGCAACCUGGCUCCUGUAAAGCACCACAAAGUGGCAGGCAGACUUUACUAUCCCUCAGAGAGAGGGAGAGAUGGAGGGAGGGAGGGAGGGAGGGAGGAAGGGUGAGGGGGGGUAAGGUCUGACUCUUUCUUCUCUGUCUCCUCUGCAUUGGCUGUAUCUACUUAACAAGAGUCAUCACUGACUGAUGUAGUGGUCAACAUUGUGGUAUAUCCAACAGUAGGCAGUACCAGUAUUGGCAGGAGAGGUGGUGUUGAUUGGUUGGAGCUAACCCAGGGCAGAACACUUGUUUGGGCUCUGUCUCUGACGGCUCAGCCCAACGCAUGUGAAUGAUGGGCUGUUCUUUUUGGCACGUCUCUCUCUCUUUUCUUCUCUUCUCUCUCUUCUCCUCUCCUCCGUCGCAUUUCCUAAAGGACGGUAUCAGAGCCCAGUCUCUUGUCUGGAGGCAUCUGGAGGUGGUUAGGUUCUUCUGGGGGAGUACAGUGUGUUAAAGGAAGAGGGAGACUGUUAGUGACAAGUGUUGGAGAGAGAGUGGAGAUGCUAUCACUGGAGUCCUGCCUGUUUGCUGAGGGGUGGGUGAGUAGGUAGGUGGGUGGGGGGGGGGGGGGGGGGGGGUGAGUUGGGAGUGUGUGUUUUGGUCUGGGUCUCUCUGAUGAAGAAUAAUUAUAUUAUUAUAGAAUAGUAGUCUUCUCCUUGUUUUGGCAGCUACUAUGCUCUUGUUCCAGUGAGUCCACCACAUAGCCGCCCACUCUUAAAUAAGGACCAGUUCUCUCACCCACCCACACACCCAGUGGCUACAACCACUGACAGUCAUGAUGAGAGCUCAUCAGAAUCACUCUGCCCCUUCACAUUGUUUUAUAGCCGGAGCACACACUCUGACAAUAUCGUGCCAUUCAUUUCUGAAGAUUCAUUUCUAUGUGGUGAAAUGUAUGGUCUUAGAGUGGGUCUACCACCAAGCAUCACAUUCUGAGACAUUAUGACUUAUAGAAAAAUUAUUGUGUGGAUUUACCGCCCUCCAGUGGCUAUAAAAUGAACAUGCCCACACCUGAUUUCCAUUGGCUAAUGUGCGUUUGUGUGUUAUUCCCCAGCUGAGUUUGUGACGCCCAGAGCCAUCCUGACGGGUCAUGACUGUGAGGUGACCUGCGCCAGUGUGUGUGCCGAGCUGGGACUGGUUAUCAGUGGCUGCAAAGGUUAGUAUGUGUGUGGAUCAACCAAGGCAUCAAAGUAACUUAGAUCUUGGUCAGACUGAUAAUAUGAAUGUCAGAACAGUGAACCCUUUCAAUACUGAACAAACUCAUAUUGUCAAUAUAGACAGUUCUGUAAAUCGCUUUGGAUUUAAAAGAAGAAGAAAUUACCCUAUUAUAAUUGUAUUAUUAUGAAAACCCUUGAGUGAAUCAGUGGAAAUCAGAGCCUAGUUAGUAACUUCUAUAUUCCUCCACUCACAGAGGGCCCGUGUCUGAUCCAUUCCAUGAAUGGGGACCUGCUGCGGACCCUGGAGGGCCCGGGGGGCUGCGUGCAGCCCCGUCUCAUCCAGUCCUCUACAGAGGGCCACGCCGUAGUCUAUUACGACAAGGGACACUUCUGCUUCUUCUCCAUCAACGGAAAGCUGCUGGGACACAUGGAGGUGGAGGAGAACAUCAGGGUAAAGGAACCCACUGAUAUAGAGGGACAAAGUUAUUUCAUUAAGCUUGGAACUGUUUUAAUGUUUUGUUGGAAAGCCUAG